AUGGCUCAGGGACUCUGGCCAGAUCAUGAGGGCGUGUCGCCCGAACUUAACCUCCCUCAUCAAGAGCGGGUCGACCGUCAAAUGAUCCGGCACCUACUUGGCAAAUACUCACGAGAGGAACUGGGGCGCUUGCUACAAGAAGAAGGACGCCUGUCACCAUCAUCAUCAUACGAGGAACGAUCCUUUAUGCUUUCCAGUAGCAACACGUCCAACCGAAGCUCGCACGAUGAUUCAUCAAACGUGUUCGACACAACAGGCAGCAGCAACACAUUCUCAGAUACGUCGUCGACAUGUGGCAGUGUCGCCUCCAACGUCUCGCCUCGAGCAAGCAACAACAACAACCGCAAGCGCAACGCAAGCCCGUCGGCAACUCGAGGUAGCAUAGCCCUUACGGACGAGUCGUCGUGGGACGCCGAGGACGCCACUCCUACCACAGCAGCUCCCAAGCAAAAGGGUUCCUUCACCUGCGGAUUCUGUCUCGAGGAGGGCAUUCAGAAGACAUGCACGCGCAAGAACGACCUCAAGCGCCACAUGGAAGACUUCCACCACACAAACGCACAAUGGUUCUGCAGGCAUCGGGGCUGUCAGAUGGUGUUUGACUGGCAGACGGCUUACAAGGCGCAUCUCAAGAACGCCCACGGCGGGUCAAGGAUGAACCUGGACGAUGCCAAGAUCCCACUGUGUCCGCAGACGGUGUUCGCGUGCGGCUUCGAGAAUUGUCUCCAGGUCUUCGAGGCGCCAAGCGAUGCCCAUGCGGGCCCUACCUUCAAGGAGUACGUGAGCCAUGUCGUCAAGCACUUUGACGAGGGCGCCAGCAGCGGCCAGUGGAGCUACUCGGCCAGGAUGCGCAACCUGCUGCGGCAGUCAAGCGUCCUCAACACCUGGUCGCAGUCGCUGUGGCCAGAUGCAGAUCCGAGCCGCCUGCGGUGGAAUUCCCAAACGAGCAGCGUCCUGAGAAAGCGGCUAGAGACUAGACACCUUGGCGACAUGCAGUUCCUUGUCCAGUACGCCAUCGCGCUUGGGUCCAGCCCCAAUGGCGCCAUUCAGAACUUCCGCGCGGACUUUGUCACUCCCAUCCGCAGCGAGUGCCGGCUGGCCAUCCACGGCCACGCCAGGGCAGCUGUUCCGUCCGCCACGCCGACUCCUGAGCCAGACCACAUGGUCCAGUACGGCAUGCCGACGGGCGGUCCGAAUCCGGCCAUGGUCGCCUAUUACCAGCGGCACGCAUACAUGCCCCAGCCGGCGCAGCCGCAGCCGCAGAUGCCCUCGUCGGGCUACAGCUUUCAGAAUGCACCUCCCUCUCCGGGAUACGAUGCCCACCACCAGGCUUUGCAGCAGCAGCAGCAGCAGCAACAGCAACAGCAGCCGCAGCAGCAGCCGCAGCCGCAGCCGCAGUACAUGGGCAUGUCCGACACACCGAUGGUAGGGUCGGAUUACGUGCCACAUGCGAAUAGCAAUCUCCAGCCUAUGCCCGGUGCUUAUGCCACCAACGGCAUGCAGAGUCCCGCACCCACGGACAUUUGCGGUGCCGCAAGCCUGGGCUCGAACCUGGAGCAGCGGACCAAUACGUACGCAUACAACUCGUCUCCAUACGCAUAUUGA